AUGCAGGAACAUAUAGCCCAUGCCCAAGAGGAGAGCGCUCUUUAUAACAAUUGUAUCAAAGAAGCGCUUGAGAACGGUUCUCGACAUUUUACAUUUGAUUUCAGUCAGAAUGUAAACAUACCUCAUCAUGCUCGUCAAAUGGGACCGCUAUAUUUCCUGAGUCUUCCCAAAAUUCAAAUAUUCGGUUUUCGAAUAGACGACAUCCCAAAGCAAUUAAAUUUUUUAAUUGAUGAACAUGAAACGAUAGAUUGUGAUGGUACGAAUACACAUGGACCAGAUUCCGUUAUUUCAAUGAUCGACUGGUCAUUUUCUCAGUACGGAACGGGUGACAGAAAAAUCACAAUUCAUGCCGAUAAUUGCUCAGGUCAAAAUAAAAACCAGUUUGUCAUCGGAUAUCUUAUGUGGCGUAUUAUGACAGGACAGCAAGAUGAAAUAACGUAUAUGAUGCAAGUUCCAGGACAUACGCGUUGUAUCAUUGAUGGCGGAUUUGCUCUAAUCAAGAAACUUUACAGACGAAGUGACUGCGAUUCUAUUGAUCAGCUUGAAAGAAUCGUAGAGCAGUCCUCAGUUGCAAACUCGACUGUCCGGUAUCCCGCAUGGCAGUGGCGAGAAAGGAAGGCUUUUCUAUCCGAGUAUUUUAAACCUCUCAAGGGAAUACGCAAGUACCACCAUUUUUGCUUUCAAAGUACAGAGCCUGGUACUGUAACGGUAAAGGAAUCGGUUUCAUCAGAAGAAAUGAAAAUCAACAUAUUAAAAGACAGAAACUGUGUGUUUAACCAGGAUAGACCAGCUAUUAUACAACCCACCGGUCUUUCUGAUGCUCGCAAGCAGUACUUGUUCACGAAAGUAAGACUAUUUGUACGACCGGCUCAACAAGAUAUGACCGGCCGACCGCCUGAAUAA